UGCCAGCAGGGUAGGGGCGGAGCUCUGGGGGACAGGGUUUUAAAGGCUCCCCAAGGAGGUUGCUCAGCAAGCAGCUCAUCACCUGCCUGGCCCUGGACACCACUGUGACCAUGUGGCUCCUGGUUCUGUGCCUCUUCCUGUUCCCAGGGAAGACUGGUGCGGCACCGCCCAUCCAGUCCCGGGUGAUAGGAGGCCAGGAGUGUGCAAGGGACUCCCACCCCUGGCAGGCUGCUGUGUACUACUACAGUGACAUCAAGUGUGGGGGCGUCCUGGUGGACCCCCAGUGGGUGCUCACGGCUGCCCAUUGCAUCAACGACUCCAACCAGGUCUGGCUGGGCCGCCACAACUUGUUUGAGGAUGAAGACACUGCUCAGCACUUCCUUGUCAGCCAGAGUGUCCCUCACCCGGAUUUCAACAUGAGCCUCUUGGAGCCGCAUAAUGUACUUCCAAAUGAGGACUACAGCCAUGACCUGAUGCUGCUGCGUCUGAACCAGCCCGCCCAGAUCACUGACUCUGUGCAGGUCAUGCCGCUGCCCACUCAAGAAGUGCAAGUGGGGACCACGUGCCGGGCCUUGGGCUGGGGCAGCAUAGACCCAGAUCCUGCCCAUCCUGUGUUCCCAGAUGAGCUGCAGUGUGUGGGCCUCGAGAUCCUGCCCAGCAAGAACUGUGACGAUGCCCACAUUGCAAAUGUGACAGGCACCAUGCUGUGCGCUGGGGACCUGGCCGGAGGCAAAGACACCUGUGUGGGUGACUCGGGGGGCCCACUGAUCUGUGAUGGCGUGCUGCAAGGCCUCACCUCAUGGGGCGACAGCCCUUGUGGUGUCGCUCACUCCCCUACCCUCUACACCAAAGUGAUAGAGUACCGCGAGUGGAUAGAGAGAACCAUGGCCGACAACCCCUGAAUGGCCCAUGCAGGCCCUGCUCCCAAUAAAACCAGAUAUGCUGCCAA